AUGAUGCUUGGCGGAUCUAAUGUCAUGUCGCCAGAGGAAAGGAAGUGGACUUACCUGUUCCUUUCCCACUGGCACGAGCUUCUCUCUGGCUUGUUAGUGGCCUACAUCGUUUCACUUCUGUGGAAGGCAUUCGACCGUCUUUACCUUCAUCCACUCGCCUCCGUGCCGGGCCCAAGACUCGCUGCUAUCACUUCCCUAUAUGGGUUUUAUUACAAUUAUGUUCAAGAUGGAACGUACAGUAAACGGUUUGCCGAGUUGCAUAGAAAAUAUGACUCACCUGUCAUUCGCGUUGCGCCCAACCGAGUGCAUGUCAAUGACGUGAAGUUCUACGAGACUGUAUUUCGUGCGGGAGCUCCUUUUUACAAAGAACCUGAAUUUUAUCAGUCGCUUGGCGCCGAUGGAGCAUUGGCCUCUCUAAUUGAUCCGGCGGUACACCGAAAGCAUCGGAGCUAUCUGAGUUCCCUGUUCUCUGCACAAACAACACUAGAGUUGAAGCCCCGACUGCUAGAGACUUUGAAGAAGGCAGCUGGCCAUCUCCAGACGGCAGCCUCGAAAGGUCAAUUGGUGGAUAUACAAAAAAUCUACAGCGAACUCAUCGGAGAUGUAGUAUGCGAUCUGAUGUUCGCGCAUAGUUACAAUUUCAUCGACUCUGGCGAUGAAGGCCACCCUCUGUUGAAUGAGGUCGACAAUCUGGGGACGAUUACCUGGCUGAUGAUGGAAUUUCCGGGCAUCAAGACGCUCAUGAAAGCUCUCCCAUCGUCUAUUGGUCACAAGCUAAGUCCGGAGAUUAUCAAGUUCAGGCAGUUUUGUGACGACCGGUUGGUAGAGGCACAGCACAGAAAGCUAUCGGGCAAUGUCCCAGCCAGGAAGUCAUAUUUUGAUUUGUACUUGGAAAUUGACAGCCGCAAAGAUUCACUACCGAACGUGGCGGAGGUUUUCGACGGUGCUUUCAACUUCAUGACCGCGGGAAUUCACACAACUGCUUAUACUCUAUCAUGGGCCACUUUCAACAUCCUUAACUCGCCAUCCGUGCUGGCCAAGGUCCAAUCUGAACUGGAUGGGGCUAAGGAAUCAAUCCGCGAUGUCUUUGAUCCAAAGUCGAUUCAAAAUCUGCCUUAUCUUGGGGGAGUCAUCCGAGAAACAAUGAGGUUGGCGGAUCCGGUUCCCGGCUAUCUGCCUCGAGUAGUCCCGAAAGAGGGAAUUCAAAUUGACAAAUUCUUUCUACCUGGAGGGACCAGCGUUUCCACUGCACACCCUGUGAUUCAUAUGGAUCCAACUAUCUUUCCUGACCCAGAGAAGUUUGACCCCGAUCGCUGGAUACGUGGUGGAGAGGAGCUAGAAAGAUACAGUGUUCCUUUUGGGAAGGGCUCACGCCGCUGUAUCGGAAUGAGCGUGGCUUACAUGGAGUUAUACGCUGUUCUAGCCUAUAUCUUUAGCCAUUUUGCCCUUGAACUGGCAGACGAUGGCCAGUCACGAAAUGGGAUACAAUGGGCUGAUCGCAUUGUUGCCCGUGCAACGUCUGAUUUGAACAUCAAAGUGCUAAAGGACCUCUGGGAGUAG